GGGGCCGGCAUGGCGUGGCCCUGCAUCAGCCGCCUAUGCUGCCUGGCGCGCCGCUGGAACCAGCUCGACCGCUCCGACGUGGCGGUGCCACUCACCCUGCACAGCUACUCGGACCUCGAGAGCGACGAGCCCAGCCUGGUCAGCGGCAGCGCUGCCGCUCGCAGGGGCCCGACUCCGGCAGGCGCCCGGGACUCCGGCCGGGACGUGCCGCUCACUCAGUACCAACGGGACUUCGGCGUGUGGACGGCGCCCGCGGGGCCCAAAGAUGCGGCGCAGGGUCGCGGGUCCGGGCCAGGCGGCCGCAGAGGCAAGUCCUCGGCGCCCAGUGCCCGAGAGGUCUACGUGCUGCCCAUCGGCGACGGGGACUCGGCUGCCGCGGCCACCACGUCCUACAGGCAGGAGUUCCAGGCGUGGACUGCAGUGAAGCCGACAAGACCCGCCAAGGCAAAGCCCACCAAGGUCGUCACAACCCACACAUCAUCGUCGUUGGCGUCGGGGUGGGAUAGCGGCCCCGGGGCCAGCUUCCAGGUCCCUGAGGUGAGGAAGAAGUUCACCCCCAACCCCUCAGCCAUCUUCCAGGCAUCAACUCCCCGGAUCCUCAAUGUGUGACUGCUGGGUGCCCUGCCGCUGCCACCCACCGAGGGACCAGGCUGGGGCACACGCAAGCCCUCUGUCCACCACCGUGCUGCAGCCAUCCUGCUGUGCUUCACUCUGAGGCCCAAGGGCCAGGUCAGCUGUGAUCUGUGAGGACCAGGGACGUGCCUGGCCCCCAGUGAGGCCUGUGCUGGGGGCUCUCCAAGCAUGUGUGAUGGCUGCAGUUCUGGAAUCCACAGGAACCCAAAUGGGGUACCCGCUGAGUGACUGCUCAACACCACACGUGUAAGCCUGAAGAAGGCCUCUUAUCACCUGCAUGUGAUGCAUAGUAAUGCUGGGUGACUGAAAAUUUCUCCAGGGCUCAUGUGGAAGGUGUUCCUUUAGUGGCUGAGAUGACCCUCACGUGCUAGCAAGUGAACCAGUGCCAUGUGACAGGUGCCCCCCCUGCCAGAUGACUGAACUCUGCCACUUCGGGGAAGAACUGGGAAGGAU